AUGACGCACAGAGGCAAGAACAAUGGGAGCAUCCAUCAACUCGUUGUCUCCAGCCUGGGCUUUGCUGUGGCCAAGGGGGCCUUGCUCGAAGUGGAGCAGAUGUGGGCAUCUGCUCUGUGUGUGGUGGGCGGAGUCAAGAUGGCGAUGAGAACUCAGUUUCCUGCCUCUGCUGAAUCUCAGAAAGCCAGCAAGAAAAAAGCUCCUGAGGGUCCCACCUUCGAGAAGCUGAACUGGCUGAUCCACCUGCACUACAUCCGAAAGGAUUAUGAGGCGUGCAAGGCUGUUAUCAAAGAACAGCUUCAGGAAACCCACGGACUCUGUGAAUAUGCGAUCUAUGUCCUAGCGCUGAUACUGCGCCUGGAAGGGAAGAUCCAGGAAUCCCUGGAGCUGUUUCAGACAUGUGCGAUUCUCAGCCCUCAGAGCGUAGACAACCUCAAGCAGGUCGCACGGUCACUAUUUCUUUUAGGAAAACAUAAGGCAGCCAUCGAAGUAUACAAUGAAGCUGCUAGACUUAACCAGAAAGAUUGGGAGAUCUUCCAUAACCUAGGCGUGUGCUACAUGUAUCUGAAGCAGUUCCACAAGGCCCAGGAUCAGCUGCUCCAUGCGCUCCAGCUGAACAGGCAGGAUGUGACCUACGUCAUGCUGGGGAAGAUCCACCUGCUAGAGGGCUGCAUGGACAAAGCGGUUGAGGUCUACAAGAAAGCUGUGGAAAAUCUUAUGAUCAAGAAGAAGUGUCCCCAGUUGCCCAUCCCUGAGUGCAAGCUGAGGAACUUGCUGUCAGGAAAGACAUUUGUUGUCCAGGAAGUUGUGCCAACUAAGGAUCUUGGCCACAGGGUAUAUCUGGGCCACAUGCAGCAGCCACUUCCAAAGAACUCCAAAAGAUAG